GGAGUGGUAAGCAAAACUCAAUUUACCACACGACACGGAAGAUGAAUUGGCACCGAUGUCAAACGGGGAAAUAAUAAACCAUCGCAUAGCCGUCUCGUGAUGGGUUGGUUGGAGCUCAUAAACGAAAAAAAAAAAACACAUUUCACAAGGGCCCACAGGAAAAGGAUAGGUGAAGUAGAUCGUUCGUGUGGGAGCAUUAAUUAAAAUUAAUUCUGUCAUCGUGAAAAUACCACAUCGGGCAAUCUACUGGCAUACCAACCCAUCAAACGAUACGGCGGAGACGAAAGGCGGAUUAUUCGACUAUUUACAAACAUGGCAAGUAUGAACAUAAUAUCAACGAGAGGCAUCCACCAACAAGCCAUCAAAACGAUAGACCAAGUGGUGUGUGUCGCGAGGAGAAACCGAUGCCUGCUGAGAAGAAAAUAGAAUAAUGAAAACGAACGAGACGCUUGUAGUAGGUGUAGCAAAAGAAGCCACAGCAACUGCGACUGCGGCAGUCGACAGUCCGUUAAAGAUCGUGAGCAAACAAUUUCUCUGCUGCACUCCGGUUCGAUCGAUCCGGUGGCAUGGAUUGCUGAGCGAAACUCUAACGUGGGACGAACAGGCACGAUUGCUGGACGCUACCGUCGACCAUCCACUAGUGAAACGCUACCCAGUCAGUGUUGCAUAUCAGGCCGCCUUCCUGAAGUUCGUUAUUGAGCAGCUUUCGAAGAUGAAUGUUGAGCAGCACGACCGACUUUACGAGAACUACUGUGGAAUGCUUGCGUCCGGUGCGGAACUCCCUCUGGACGAUCCGUCCAUUGGGUUGAGCUACAAACACUACGAGCUCCCGCAUGGUCAGGGUGUAAUUUCCCUAAAGGAAUCCGGGGCGUUUGUGUCGGACGGAACGACGGGGCUCUGUAGCUGGCAGGCCGCUAAAGCGCUCUGCGAACACAUAUCCAACAAUCGAGACGAUUUCCAGGGGCGCAACAUACUGGAGCUCGGUUCGGGUGUAGGGCUGGCCGGCAUUUAUCUCGCAAAGUGCUACGAACCAUCGAUCGUGGUCAUGUCCGACUGUCACGGAUCGGUGCUAAGCGCUUUGAAGGAUAAUGUGAGGCUUAAUUUCCCAAACGCGGCGCACGUAGAUUGCGAUAAUCCGCUGGUCAGUUUACUGCUGGACAGUGGCAAUACGCUGAUCGGUGUUAUGGACCUCGAUUGGCAGUACGUGAGCGCUUCAAAUCUCAGUCAGCUGAUCGAACCGGAUGUGAUCGUGGCGGCGGACAUCGUGUACGAUCAUACACUCUUCCCAGCACUGCUCUCGACACUGAACUACAUAUUCUGUCUGUCCAACAACCGGUGCAAGUUUGUGCUCGCCUGCACCGAGCGCAAUCAGGACACAUUGAACGAAUUUCUGCAGCUGUUGAUUACUGCCAAGUUUCGAAUCAAUGAGGAAACGGUUUCACCAUCUCGCCACUUUCACUGGGACAGCAGUGCGUCCAACAUACGCAUCUUUACGAUAUCGAGAGCAUUCACUUAAAAAACGAAUUCCAGACUACUUUUACCUAUCUAUCGGCACCUUGGCCACAUUCUCCGAUUGGAAGCCCUUUCACACUAUUCUUGAAAACAAGUCUCGCUUGAAAAAAAAAUCCAUCCUUCGCUUUCAUUUUUAAAAACAUUUACCUUAGAAUUAUCUUCAUACGAUAUCAGAACCCUCUUUCAAUCCACUAUCUUCUAUAUAACGCUAAGCAACAAAGCAAAAACAAAAAGUCUUUAAAAAAACACACACACAGGAUGCUUAACCAUGAAUGAUCAACAAGUAGGCCUUGGCUUCAUAUCCUCGAGCAAUGAAUGGAUCAAGAACAUAUGAUACAACACAUUUACACAAACACAGACAGACAGUGCACGGAACGGAAAGUAUAAAACCUCAAUAACACAAAAG